AUAUUGGCAUUCAGUAUUUUUGUGUACAUUUUUGUCGGACUUUUGCGUUCUCUGCUCUUACCAUUUGGAAUAAUUUGGGCAAAUGGUUUAAUAUAUUGUUAGUUUUACAAAAAAAGUAUUCGUAUUCCUGAAUAUUCAUCAACAAAUAAUGAUCUACUCUGACAAUGAAACGGUUGACGAAAACCAACCACCAGCUUCAACCUCCGAAUCAGUACCAAAACAUCUUCGAUCGCGUUACUGGAACAGCUUUGAGGAAUUGCGUUUAGUGGAACUAUGGCGUUUGCAUGCCGGCGAAGUGACGACGUUGAAGAAAAACAUACCCGUAUUCCGUACCAUAUCAGAGGGUAUGCGCGAGUAUGGCUUCCUAGUAAAUUCGCAGGAGGUGCGGCGUAAAAUUAACAAUUUCAAAAACAAGUACAUCGCUGAACGACGCCGCAUGGAAUUAGGCGAUGACAAAAGCCCCAGCGAUUGGCGACUAUUUCCCUUAGUGCAUUGCUUGUUGGCACCGCGACAAAAGAAUCAACUGCUUACACAUCAACAAUUAAUUUUGGACCAACUAUUCUUAAAAAUACCAGUAGAUUUGCUGAACAAAGAACUGCCUGUGUUGGAAACACUAAGCGAUCCAACAACACAGCCACCAAAAGCAAUUCUUUAUACGCCUAGAUCAAAGGAUGUAACCUUGGUACCAACGACGCCACAAAGAUUCCAGCCAUAUCCUAAAAGUUUCAGCCAUCAAUCAAGCUAUUUGUUGCGACUCAGUUUUACAAAGGAAAGACUAACACAAAUACGUGUAGAUAACAGCAUAAUGUCGGAUCAGCGCGACGCAGCACUAAAGCAACUAAAAUUCGAGGAGAGUUCAUUUAAAGCAUUAGAGAGUUUCCUUAUGAACUGGCAAAAGAAACACGAGUGUUUAUUAGAGCGUUUAUAAUGCGCACAGUACAGAAAUAGGUAUGCUUAAUAGUUUUGUUAUUUUUCAAUUAAGAAUUUGUAACCUAAUUUUGGUUGAAAACCGCUUAGAGUUUCGAUAUGAACUUCCGUUUUUGUCCCCCCCCUUUUUGUGGUACUCCAUAUUACAUGCUCGACUUUUUAAGAAUUACGAGCCUAUCCAUAUUUAUAAUUUAUCGGGGGCUUAGUCAUAGCUACAUAAGUGGCAUCGCUGUCUCGUAUGUGCGAUGCGGCUGCCCUAAUCUAACUUAGCCAUAGCUUUAUUUAAGUCGUUAAACAAGGGUUUCAGUUCUAUUAACUUCGGUUAUUAAAGUAAUUCACGCACAUAACAGUAAUCCCGAGUAAGUAUUUAGAAAAACAUCUCCUUCUGGGCACCAAUGAACACAAAAAACAUAAUGAAAUAGUUUACAACUUUUUAUUUUUACAUAAUCAUGUAACCGUAAAUUUUUCGCUUUCGCAUUUUUUGUAUUAAAUCGAUUCGUGUUUACCAGGACAUUGAAAUACCUAAUUUAUUUUUUGCUCCUAUUAUUUUAGGCAAUAAGUAUAAUUACAAUUCAAUAAAUUCAGGCCCAUUCGCCAUACGCAAUUUAAGAAAAGGACGAUGUCAUUCUGAAUGAAUAACGAAUACGUUUUUUAAAUCAAGCUGUUUCCGCGGUAUCUGCUGUUUGAUAAGGCAAACUAGUGAAAACACUUAAACUUAAUUGAACAUGAAUAUACUUAAGUUUUGUAGUUCGAAAUAAAGUAACUGUACAAACAGCUGAUA